AAGUGGACAAGGGCAAAGGCGCCGCGGGUGAGGACUGGCUGUAAGACCUGGUAUGUCGUCAUCAUUUGGUCUGUAGUGUAUAGACAGAAGUGCGACGGCUACGAAGAUCCAAAAGCCCCCGUCGUCAAACCAAAGAAACCGUUGAAACUGGUGCAGUACCAGUCCAAGCCCAAGCUUCCAGCCUGCCGGGCCCUCUCGGCACUGAGACCUGCCCUGUCGAUCGAGAAUCUCGGCUCCCCAACCGACGCCGCCCUCUUCCACCACGCCCGGGAGUGUACCAUUAUGGAUUUCGACGUUCUCUCCGGGUCCCUGUUUUGGCGCAACUUUGUGCUACCACUCGCCCACACCGUUGAACCUGUCAAGCAUGCACUCUGCGCUCUUGGCGGAGCACAUCGUCGCUUUGUGGCUGGCUACCAGGAAGACGCCACAUCGUCGUCAUUGGCGACCGAGUUUGAGUAUGCCUCUAUUCAGAAGUACAACCAGGCUAUACUACAUAUGAAGCCACUCAUGGAGGACAACUCUGAGAUGAACCUCCAGACUACUCUCAUAUGUUGUGUCAUAUUUAUCUGCAUUGAGAGUCUACACGGACGCUACCAAGAGUCGAUACGACACCUCAAGGCUGGGUGUCAGCUACUCAACUCUGUCCGAGCCGAGAUGAAAUUUGGGAAUGUACCGUCAUCCCUGUUUCAGCCCACGAAUGGGAAAGAGGCCGAAUACAGCUUGUUUGACCUCGUCACCGAAAUGUUCUACCGACUUGGGCAGAAUGUUGCCAUUUAUGUGGGAAGCGACACAUUCCACGACCUCAUCCUCCCUUUUCGCGCUGGUCACAUGGGCGACCCCAAGACACCCUUUUCCGACCUCGUUGAAGCAGCCUUCUACUUGGAGCGCGUCGACGAAUUCUACGACAAGACAUACAUCGAGUAUGUGGCAGGCCCCAGACCAAUCAGGCCUCUAGAGACGUCAUGCAUGGGCAUUACAGGGUGGGAGUUUGAUUACCAGGCGGGAAAGGCCGCACUGGAUGCUUCGAGACGGGCAUUUGCUGCGUGGGAUGCCCGCUAUGAACUCACCAAGCGUGAAGAGAAGUACGUGGAGCCAUCAACAGAAGAGAAGAGCGCCUUUGCAUCUCUCGACAUGCACCAGGCCGUCUGGCAGGCGUUGGUCAAGUUUGAGACGAUCGAGCAGGUGAUUCCAAGGGAUGACGGUGAAAAGAUCCUGAAGCGGGCAGAGGUGCUGGUUGAAAUUGAAAACCGAAGGCCGACACCUGUAUUUGCUUUCAACGGCUACUUGAUACCACUUCUCUCCCUCGUGUGCACAUAUUGCGAGGAUGUCGACACACAGUUUAGAGCGAUAUCCCUGCUACGCACAGUUCGUCGGAGAGAAGGGAUCUGGGACAGUCAAGAGGUUGCAGGUAUAUAUGAGACCAUGAUUAUUGCUAGAAAGCAAAAUAUGGUGUCGUGGGAGAGCCUCCCCUGGGGGAUACCGCAGUUGGCAGCAGAGCUGUCUUCUUUGAAUCUG